CAUCAGGCCUAUCCUCGUCUACAAAAAAAGCUAUUGGGCUCUCAGGUCAGCUAGUCGGGCCCAAUAUCAACACUAAGCUAUAGCUACAGCUACACCUUCAUUUUCAACCCUUCAAAGAAAAGGAAGAACUGAAAACGACUCCCCACACUCAUCGGUAAAAAAAGGAUUCGAUAAUUUCAACUCCACUAAACAAUCCAAAUUUGCUCGAACGAGCUCCAGCUGAAGGUUAAUUUUCUUGAUCGGUAAAACCUUUUUUCCUUUCAGACAGAAAAAGAAACCUCACAUCAGUCAGUACAAAGUACUUAAUUUGUACGAAAUUCAUUGUCUCACACCUCCUUUUGAUUCUUUAUACGCUUCUCAAAGUCUCAAUCUAUUUGCCGACAGAACAAAUUGGAGUUCUUCAGGUUAUCAGUUCGCUUUUCGUAUGUUCAGUCUAUGUUACCUGGAAAGUUUGCAUCUUUUUGAAGAGACAAUGUCCCAAGGCUACGCAAUCGAACUCUACUUCGAUCCUGCCCUUGAAAACCAAGUCUUGAAAUCAUGGAACAUUUUGGCUAGACGCCAAAUCAGCACUCAGCUGAUCGAAAUCGAAUCUAGGCCUCACCUAACGUUAUUUUCUAGCCCUUUUGUCGAUAUCACUAAACUUGAGACCGUACUUAGAAAUUUCUGCUUAAAGCAAGAACCUUUACCUUUGUGCUUCUCAUCAAUCGGAAGCUUCCCGAGUGAAAACAAUGUAAUAUUCCUGGGCCCCACUCCAUCUCUUUCACUACUUCAGUUUCAUUCUCAGUUAUGCGAUGCAAUGAAAAAGGAAGGAGUCGAAAUCGGAGAAGAGUUUCGUCCCGACAAAUGGAUUCCUCAUUGCUCGGUUGCUGAGGAUGUUUGUAGGGGCCGUUUGGUUGAUGCGUUUAAUGUUCUGCGCGAUUUGAAGCUGCCGAUCAGUGGGUAUGCAAUGGAAGUUUCGUUAGUCGAGUACCCACCUGUUCGUGAACUCUUCUCUUUUAACCUUGGUACACAAUAUAUUGGCGAGAUGAUCUGAAUAUGUGUUUUUUGUGUUAAUGUUGGAUUAGAGUGUUUUAUGUGGUGAAUGGUUUUUAAAUGUUAUUUUACGGUUGUUGAAAAGUGGGGUUAUUUGUAUGAGUGACUAUUUAAAUUGGUGUUUUGCUGUUUGCGGUUAUGUGAACUUCAUCGUGUUAGUAUCAUGUUCUGUGCCUAAUUAUAUGGUUUUUUUUGUCUUUACAACAUACUGAGAUAGGAAAGUUAUGGCUUCUAACUUGUGAAAUUCGGACUGUUAUUACACACUAGCUUAAUUCUUUGCGAAUCAUAAUCGGCAUAAUUUGGAUGGGGUUUCUUUCUACACUCAAUACAUGAAUGUGUGUGAUUGGGUUGCAUUAUUUUUUGAGCUCAAAGUAUGCCAUAUAUGUUAAAACUUUGUGAAAGCCUUAUUAAGGCUAUCUGACUUAGACUUAAUAGUUAUUCUGCUGUGUACUUGUUAGGGAGAAAAGAAAAAAUUCAUGUAUUGCACCUUAAGUCGCAGAAUAAUUUGUCGAUUUGAACAGUUUUAAAAUGAUGUGAUUCAUCAUUGCCCGAAUUUACUUCGGAUGUUAGAGUUAUAGGUCUCCUCUGUUUUUCGUUGGUCGAGAGAAUUUAUCAAUUAUUCUGAAGCCAUAUGAGGUUUAUUUUGUAACCUUGUUGCUGUUAUAGAUUGUGUUGAAGUGUUUCAUUACUUUUCUUUCAUGUAAAUAAUACUUUGCAG